AUGGAUCCCACAGAAAGUCCUAGAACCAAGCAGCGAAAGGCUAAGUUGAUGUUUGGCCUGAAAGGGAAGAAGAAGAAGAAAGUCAACACAGACCUGGUCCUGGCAAACAAGGGAGCUGUGGACAGUGAGGCGGAGGGGCCUUCUGAAGCAUCUGCCCUGCUGGAGGGAGAAAACCCUGAGGACCAACCAGAAACCUCUGCAGUCAGAACCAGAAUAAUACCCAACAAUAAAAGGGCCAAACUGAAGACAUGCAUCCAGAAGAGUGAAGCGAAACCCCAGAGCUUCCAGAUUGCCAUUAACAUCACGGAGGCCAGGCAGCUGGUGGGAGAAAACAUCGACCCCAGUGUGGUGAUUGAGAUCGGUGAUGAGAAGAAGCAGACUUCGGUUAAAGAAGGGACCAAUGCUCCCUUUUACAAUGAGUAUUUCGUGUUUGACUUCUUUGCCUAUAAAGAUGUCUUUUUUGACAAAGUCAUCAAGCUGACGGUGAUGCACUCCAAGAUGCUGAGGAGUUUCUCUAUUGGGUCCUUUAAGCUGGAUGUGUGGACAGUCUACAAACAGCCAGGUCAUCAGUUCACCAAUAAGUGGGCAAUGCUGACAAAUCCUGGUGACAUUAGCACUGGGGUCAAAGGUUAUGUCAAGUGUGACAUCAGCGUCUCAGCAAAGGGGGACGCCAUACAGCCUGGACCAAAAGCGAGUGAUGCUGAGGAGCAGAUAGACAAGAACCUGCUGAUACCAGAAGGUUUUCCCUCCGAGCGUCCCUGGGCUCGUUUCUUUGUGAAGGUGUAUCGAGCUGAAGGCCUUCCACGGAACAACUCCAGCAUCAUGGCCAACGUCACCAAGGCCUUCAUAGGAGACAACACCGCCCUCAUAGACCCAUAUGUGGUGGUGGGCUUCUUCAAGCAAGUGGGUCGAACAUCCACUCAGAAGUCCACAGCAGAGCCGGCGUGGAAUGAGCAGAUCGUCUUCAUAGAGAUGUUUCCCCCUCUGUGUCAGAGAAUGAAGAUCCAGGUCUGGGAUGAGGGGAGCAUGAGCGACGUUGCCAUAGGAACCCAUUACUUUGACUUGAGGCGCAUCUCCAAUGAACAGGAUGGUGACAGAGGGUUUUUGCCAACUUUUGGUCCUGCAUGGAUCAACCUGUACGGCUCUGUGAGGAACGGAUCCAUCGGUGAUGACACAGUGGAGCUCAAUGAGGGCAUCGGAGAGGGCGUGUCCUACAGGGGUCGCGUCUACAUGGAGCUGGCGGUGGAGAUCCUAUCAGGAGGAUCGGGCUCGGAGUCCAAACUCAGCAGAGUGGUGAAACCGUUGAAAGAUGCCAAAGCGGGAAAAGGUGGAGGGAAGGAUGGUAAGACUCCUGCAGGAGGAGGAGGAGCAGCAGCAGGAGGAGCAGCUGAUGAUGACAAAGGAAAAGCUGCAGAAGUCCUGCCGGUGGAAUCUCCUCCUGUGAUGAAUGCCGACAACAACGAGAGCUUUCUGCUCUUCGGGGCGGUAUUGGAAGCCACCAUGAUUGACAGGAAGAUCGGAGACAAGCCAAUCAGCUUUGAGUUCUCCAUGGGUAACUGUGGUAACGUCUUGGAGCCUCCAGAGAAACCCUCCGUCCCCGUCCCCAGUCCUGCUGUCAGGAGGAGAAGAGCGCUGGAGGUCCCAGACAGCGGUGACAUCACCGGCUCCUCCUCUUCUCUCAGCACCUCCCCGACCUCCCCGCUCCUACCCAGAGACCUUCAGGACAUGCCCUUCACCUCCAAGUCCACCACGCCUCCGCAGAAACCGCUCAUCGUGGAAGGAAACAAGUACUACAUGUAUCUUCCCCUGGAGAAGCAGAAGCCGUGCAUCAAUGUGCUGAGUCACUGGGAGAACAGAACCUACCGACUCUACAACUCUAACAUGCUGGACAAUAUAGCUGUGCUGUUUGAGGAGGGUGUCGCCAGUGCAGCUGAGCUCCACAAGAAGUCAGAUCCAGGGGCGGAGCAAAUGCUCAAAACCAUCCUCAAAGAAUUCUGUAUGGACGCCAGGAGUUUCAUAGCAGCAGCGGAGGCCAAGCUGAAGGCAGAGAUAAAGUCGAGCUACCUGACACAGCUGGACAGGAAACGCCUCACCAUGUGUAAACAGGAAUUGGAGAGUAUGAUAGGAGAGGCCCAGUCGGUGGUAGAGAGGAAGAGAAAAGCUGGUGGUGUGAAAGAGAUGCUGCAGCACGCAACAAAACUCACUCAGAAACUACGCUUCCUUGUGGAGGAGCCCCAGCACAUGGUGCCCGACGUGUUCGUGUGGUUACUAAGCAACAACAAGCGAGUUGCAUACGCUCGGCUCCGUGCCAGAGACCUGCUGUACUCCAGCAGCAAGGAGGCCCGAGGAAUCCACUGUGGCAAGAUAAUAACACUGUUCCUAAAGCCUCCAGGGAAGCGUACUGCAGAAUUGUCAGUCCAGGCGAAGGUGGAUGUGUAUCUGUGGUAUGGAACCUGUUUGGACUCCGCCCACAUGCUGGACGACCUACCUGCGGGGUUAAGUUCGGCCACAGGGGGCGCUGACGCCAGCUGCCCUCCAGCAAGUCUGCUCUGUGCGGAGCAGCAUAAGUUCCAGCUGAGGUGCCACAUGUAUCAGGCUCGUGGUCUCAUCGCUGCCGACAGCUCCGGCCUGUCGGACCCUUUUGCCCGAGUCACCUUUCUGUCACACAGCCAAACCACCAAUGUGAUCAGUCAGACUCUCAGUCCGACAUGGAAUCAGUGUUUGCUGAUGAGCUGCCUUCUGAUGAGUGGAGAUCUGCAGCACAUCCAGGAGGAACCGCCGCGCAUUCUCAUCGAGGUGUACGACGACGACGCUCUGGGUAAGGCGGAGUAUCUGGGUGCCACAGUGGCGGUGCCCGAGGUCCGUUUGACCUCUGACCCCUACACUCCUCCAACCCUCAAGUACAGCCCGCUGCACUGCGGCAGCCAGCCGGGAGGAGACCUGCUGGCUGCGUUUGAACUGCUGCAGAUCCAUGGAGAGUCUGGAGAGCAGAGUCUGCCGGCGUUGGAGAAACAGGAAGGAGGCAUCUACACGGUUCCUGCCAACAUCAGACCGGUUCUCAGCACCUACAGGCUGGAGGUGUUAUUUUGGGGUCUGAGGGAGCUGAAGAAGGUUCAGCUGCUGUCUGUUGAUCGCCCACAGGUCUUCAUCGAGUGUGCAGGUAAAACAUUGCGUUCCUCCGUCAUUCAGAAGUACAAGUCCAACCCAAACUUCACCACGCUGGUGGAUGCCAUAGAGCUGGAGUUACCAGAGAACGAACACCUCCACCCUCCUCUCAGCAUCACCGUUGUGGACUGGCGGGCGUUUGGUCGCAGCACGUUGGUUGGAAACCACAUCAUCAACAACCUGAAGGCCUUCAAAUACACUCCACCUCCGGCCCUGCCUGCUCCCAUACAGACACACGAACCACCCAAAGUCACAGAGACGCCCGGACCUUCACUGCCACCAGAGCCACAAAGCACUGAGGGACUGUACCAAUCCGCUGGAGACACCAGUUUGUCUGCAACACUAACAAAUCAAGAUUUCCUCAUCACCGUGGAGGAUGAAGCCCCGCCUCCACCUCCAGCCCCACCCACACCAAAGGAAGAACCCAGGAAGAAAAGGGUGAAAGCUGCUGACAGCCAGGCAAAGAGCACUCGUGGUCGUUCCACCAAGCGGAAGAAGAGGACCAUCGCUGACGAAUCAGCAGAGUGUGUCAUCGACUGGUGGUCCAAAUAUUAUGCAUCUGUGGAGAAACAGGCCAAACAGGACGGCUCUCCAUUCCCCGAGGUCUUUGAUAAAGCUUCGCCGUACCAGGGCUUGCUCAGCGAUGGAAUAGACUCCUUAGUCAGCAGCGUCUCGGAUGGAGACAAGAAGAAGAAACAGAAAGGAAAAGGAACCCUGGAAGCAAACCUCGGUCCGGCUGCUAAAUUAGCCACACUCAAGCUGUACAACAAGGAGCUGGAGGCAGAGUUUGGCCCUUUUGACGAUUGGGUGAACACGUAUGAGCUUUUCAGAGGGAAAGCCAACGAGGAAGAGGGGGCGACGGAGGAGAGAUUCGUUGGCAAAUUUAAGGGCCGGUUCUGCCUGUAUAAACUGAAUGAGAACAACGAAGAGGACUGGGACGAAGACACUGACAUCGGGGACUUCAGAGUCAACAGAGGAAUCCCUCCCAAUGGACUGCUCCAAGUCCUCAUAAGGGUUUACAUCGUCUCUGCGUCUAACCUGCACCCGGCCGAUCCAGACGGUAAGGCGGACCCUUACAUUGUUCUCCGACUUGGCAAGGACGAAAUCAAAGACCGAGACAACUACAUCCCCAAACAGCUGAACCCUGUGUUUGGAAGAUCUUUCGAGAUGCAGGCUUCAUUUCCCAAGGAGUCUCUGCUGUCGGUGGUGAUCUACGACCACGACUUGGUUGGAGGUGACGACCUGAUAGGAGAGACUCGCAUUGACCUGGAGAACCGGUUCUACAGCCGACACAGAGCCACCUGUGGACUCCCUACGGAGUACAGCAUUGACGGGUAUAAUGCCUGGAGAGACUGUCUGAAGCCGUCAGAGCUGCUGUCUAAACUGUGCAGAGACAACGGUCUGGACGAACCUCAGUUCAGACCAGGACGCAUCACUGUGGCUGACAAAGUUUUCAUUGGAAAGACGUGCUUUAUGCACGAAGAUGAGCCGUUGGAGUCCUAUGAGCACUUGUCCCUGAGGAUCCUGCAUCGUUGGUCGGAGAUCCCAGUUGUGGGAUGCAAAAUGGUACCAGAACACAUUGAGACCAGAACUCUGUUCCACAAGGCUCGGCCUGGCAUGGACCAGGGUCAGGUCCAGAUGUGGAUAGACAUGUUCCCCAUGGACUUACCUCACCCGGGACCUUCAGUGGACAUUUCACCUCGUAAACCAAAAGGGUACGAGCUGCGUAUCAUCAUCUGGAACACAGAGGAUGUGAUUCUGGAGGACAGCAGCUUCCUGACCGGUCAGCAGUCCAGUGAUAUCUACAUCAAGGGCUGGUUGAAAGGUUUGGAGGAUGACAAACAGGAGACGGACGUCCACUACAACUCUCUGACUGGAGAGGGAAACUUCAACUGGCGCUUUGUGUUCCCCUUCAGCUACCUGCCUGCUGAGAAGGUAAUAGUGGUGAGGAAGAAAGAGCAUAUUUUCUCUCUGGAUAAAUCAGAGCAGAAGCUUCCUGCUAUCCUCAGCCUGCAGGUCUGGGACUUCGAGACGCUCUCCUCUGACGACUUCCUCGGCACGGUGGAGUUGGACCUCCACUGUUUCCCCCGAGGGGCAAAAACGGCAAAGUCGUGCAAGAUGGACAUGAUGACGGACGGGACGGAGAGGAUCUCCAUCUUCCAGCAGAAGCGAGCGAGAGGCUGGUGGCCCUUCAUCAAGUCUGGAGAGCUGACGGGGAAAGUGGAGGCGGAGUUUCAUCUUGUGAUAGCUGAGGAGGCCGAGAAAAAUCCUGUCGGCAAAGCCCGCAAGGAGCCGGAGCCGCUGCCAAAGCCAAAUCGUCCGGACACCUCCUUCUCGUGGUUCGUCAAUCCAUUCAAGUGUUUCUUCCACUUGGUGUGGCGGAACUACAAGAAGUACAUCAUCAUCGCCCUGGUUGUCUUCAUCACAAUGCUGUUCCUCGCUCUGCUGUUCUACACGCUGCCGGGAGCAAUUUCUCAGAGGAUCGUCAGCGGAUAA